CGUCCCAAAGAUUUAACGAUCAUUUUCUUUUCAUUGCAAUAAUCAAAUGUAACAUGUUUUCCCUAAUUAAUUCAAUUGGUAUUAAUUUGGUCAUAGCCCUUCCGAUUUUGUAAUGGCGCAUGUCUGAACAGGUGUAGCAGACAUUGAAGGGGUACAUUGUGGCAACCAAACCAAAUAUUUAGCCAUUGCUAUAUCAUGGUCACUUGUACGUAUAUAUUCACUUUUCCCAGAGCGCAGACAUAGACACUAGGAGCGCCAUCAGAUAAAGAAAAAAUGGACGUCUCCAAAGUUUUACUGGUUGCUCUCAUUCUGGUCAUUUGUGCGGUCAUAUUUCAACUAAUUGGCUUGGCCUCACCGUACUGGGUAACUGCAGAUACAGCGACGACAAAAACGAACUCCGGACUCUGGAGAACAUGCACGGAGGGUGUCCAGACGGGGCUGACCACUUGCGUGGACACCAAAGACAUCUUCCUUGAUAAUGAUUGGCUGGAAGCCGCCCAAGCCAUGGGAAUUUUGGCGUUUCUAGCGCUAUUGGUUGCUGUAGUUACGACAAUUUUGAAACUCUUCGUUAUGAAAGACAAGAAACCUCUCCUUUUCGCGGCCAUAGGAUCCUCGUUUGCUGGAGCAUUGUUCAUCUUAAUUUCAAUAUCCGUCUAUGCAGACAACUUGAAUGACAUGUUCUCGUCGAGGAGUUUUGAUUAUGCCUUUGCCUUCGUCUUUAGCAUCUUAGGGAUGAUUGUUGCGAUAGGAGCCGGUGUCGCCAUGCUGGUGGAAUUGCUGAAGAAAUGACUUAAUUUUCAAUGAAAUAGCGAAUGAAUUAUGUUAAAAAUUGUUUUACCACUAUUAUGCUUUACUUUUAUUCUUCUAUCAACGAAUAUAGUUUUCUUAUUGUUUGUAAUAUUAAACGUAAAUAGUACCAUACGACUUACAAAUACCAUAAAGAAAGUCCCAGAUUGCCAUGCACGUACAUGUACAUUAGUAUAUUCCAUUUAUCCGAUAUUUAAAAAUGACUAUAUAGGAACUUUUGAAUACAUCAUGUGAAGGGUUUUAUGUUUGUGUGAAAUUCUUUAUAAAAUACUUAUUAACCUCCCUAA